AUGGUUCACCCCGCAAUGACCUGCUGCAAGACCUCCGGCGCUGGAGAGUGUGUCUGCGCCGCCCAGGCCAAGUGCUCCUGUGGCAAGGAGAGCGCCCUUCACUGCUCUUGCAACAAGGCUUCUUCUGAGAACGCCAUCUCUGGCCCUCGCUGCUCAUGCCGCGCCCGCCCUGUUGGUCAGUGCACCUGUGAGCGCUCCGCAACCGAGAACAAGGCCGUUAAUGGCGAGACCUGCGCUUGUGGCAGCCGUCCUUCUGCGUCUUGCACCUGUGAGAAGGCUGAGGGUGUCGAAUCCGCUCUUGAGGUCGACUUCACCACCCGCGCCUAA